AUGAAUGCCGCUGAGCCUGAGCUUUGGUCCUUUCUUGAAUUUCACCAGAGCGAUUAUCACCACUUGUGGGAUCUUGAUGUGCCGCCGCAUUUCAUUCCACCGGCCAAGCGCCACCCAAGACCGAUCACGGCAAGCACGGAUCAAUACAACCAACACAACAAGUGCCAGCAGAGGGGAGAGAAAUUCUUCAAGAUGUUACAGGAGAGCUACGAUGACAACCCUGCCCGACUUCAAGUGGUCUGCUACCGCGUUACACACCUCUGCACCGUUGUGCAUCCUGAAGGGCCACUAUGCGGCAUUAUCCUGUCCUUCUUCCAAAAUCUUGAGACGCUUGAGCUCCACGGAACGGAUCCAAAGGCGGAUUUUGAGGAGAUCCCCGAGCAUGAGAUUACCUGGCCAAGCCUCCCGAGACUUCGGUUCGCAAGGCUAUUCGGGCAUAUCCCACGAAACAUUGUCAAGUGGAUAAUGAGAUCCAGCUCCACUCUAGAACGCCUGGAGAUCGGGUUGUUCGACAGACCUAUCUGCCCUGGCGAGGAUGGACGGGAUAUAUACGACCCUCUACCGGAGGAGGCGAUCGGGACAAUGGAGAAUGGGACGCCCGACUACGGCAGCUUGCACGAAGGGGUGCUGAUUCCUCGGCCAAUGGGCGGGUUCUUGCCCGACGAUGUAGAGCUUGAUCUACCGAAAUUGAAACACCUCUUUCUUUGUUCUUCUGCGAGGGACCCCCGCUCUCGUGGAGAUUUCGGCCUCGAAGAUGGUGAUUUCGAUUGGGACGAAGUUUAUGAUGGGUAUAUGAUGCAAUACUCCUGGUCGACUCGUGCUGAGGAAGCGACUUUUGCUGCUUGGAGACGCUUGUUGCUAGGUUGCCGUGAGAGCCUAGAAGUUUUGGUGCUUGAUCAGCGAACUGGCGCAGAGUAUAUAGAAAUGGAUGAGUUUGGUCGAGACGACUAUGUCAGUUUGAACCGGUCGGGCCGCAUCAACCACGCGCUGGUUGCUUUGGUACAGGAUCUUAUCACGGAUAAGAACCUGUUUCCUGCUCUUAAAUGGGUCUACUUAUACGGCUUUGCAGUCGGCGUGAGGCCGGAGACGCGGCCGAAUGCGAAGGCACCUGGUGGUAGACUGAUGUUGGCUCUGCGGGAGCGCGGGGUUCAAUGUGAAGCAAGGUUGGGAGGAUGGUGCUGUUUUGAUUACACGAGGGGGAGUUCUGAUUGGGUAAAUUGGGGGUAUUCCCCAAGAGAUCACGAAGAUGAUGAAGAGGAGGCUGGUUUCAACAUGAAUGGGACGACCUCGCGAUGUUGCCGCUGUACAGGUUAUUUAUUUACAUUGGGUGCUCUUGAGCAGGACAACAAACUACAGUUGCUGAACAUGUUAACAUCCAUCUUCUGUCACACUGUCGAUCCUUGUCUUUUUAACAUCUAUGAUGUACCUAGCUUCAAGCACACAUCUCUUGUCUCUCCGAUCACGCUGCUGUAA